GGGGCAAGACGGCAUUUCCGAGUCUGUUAACUGAAAGACGUGAAGACGCGCAGCAGUAAACUAGCUCUGAGUCACCGCCCACCGCGUUUUGCUGACCUCUGAAACCGCAAAGUGCGGCUGAAAAAAGAAAUAAACAGUGAUCCCACACAAAGUAAUGAAAGGAAGCGACAGAAAACGACGGCCGGAUCACCGACGGGUGUCGCUCGCUAAGGCCCCGCGAGAUCACGCCCACCUCGGCCUGUGCCUCGUCUACAGCGGGGCUGGAUUUCGCGGACUGCAACUGCAAGUGCACGGCCCCACCUGUCACACCAUCGAAGGGGUUCUUCUCCAGGCUUUGAAAGACGCAGGCGUCAUCGCCGACAUCGUGCGGGGCCGACCGGAGGGUGAACAGCAUCACUUUGCCCGCUCCUGCCGCACCGACCGCGGUGUUCAUGCCAUCCGCAACAUGAUCUCGCUCUUUAUUCCAAAUGAGGUCGUCGAGCGUGCGGGUGGGCUCGAAGGCGUGCGGGAGAAGGUCAACGUGCACCUCCCAGUGACGGUGAGGGUGGCGCACGUGAUGCUGCUCGCUGGCAACUUUAUCCCUCGCCACUGUUGCAAUCGACGGGUUUACCGCUAUAUGCUGCCGUUGUACGCGCUGCUGCCCCCGUGUGAUACGUGGGCCGCGCUGGAGAAGUACUACCCCGGCUGCUUCGCGCAGCUGCAGGCACUGGCGGAGUUCAGCAAGGCGGCGCAGCACACCCUACACGGUGUUCCCUACAUGAAUGUUAAAAGGCUUACCGCAGCGUCCACAUCGUUGACGCGGCCAGACAGCGCUGCGGCGGAGGCGGCCCCCCCGGCGCGUUCGUGGGUGCAUGACACCGAGGAGAAAAUAAAGCUGUGCAAUCGAAUUCUCUCCUCCCGCUUCACCCUGUCCCGCCGCUACCAUAACUUCUCCGUUGAUAUCGACGCCAACCGGUCCAGCGUGAGUGCGAAGGUGGUCCAGCCGGACACGGAUGAGGCCCUUCGCGUCAUCUACCGCUGCGAAAUUCUUCCGCGUGUCUUCUUCUUCCCUUGUGCGACGCGUGUCGACAGCGAGACGACGCAGCCGCUGCACGGCGCCAGCCUCUCCGAGUACACCGCCAACCUCCACACUACUGCAGCCGACGGAGAACAUGACGGCAGUGCGAACAGCGCGAAGGCUGCCGCGACGUCCGCUGUGCAGCUCCCUGCUGGCCCGACGACAGUGCUGCCUUUCGUGUUCUUUCAAAUUGAGGGCGGUUCCUUCUUGCUGAACAUGAUUCGCAAGGUGGUUGGGUCGCUGCUGGCGGUGUGCCGCGGGGCGCGGGAGUCGAUGCUCGACGACGCCCUCAACCCGGAGCGGCGCGUCACGACCCCGCUGGCACCCGGGCCGUACCUCUACCUGGCCCAGUCCACCUACCACGGCUACAAUCGCUCCUUGUGUGGACUACAGGGAACGCGGCUGUUGACGGUGCAGAAGGCGUGGGCCGGCGCGGUGGACGACGCCGCUGAGGCGUUCGCUUUUCGCACCAUUGCGGCCGACGUCGUCGAUGCCGAUCUGAAUGCGUUGCCGCCGUUGGAUGAUACGUUGGCCGCGCGUGAUCGGGCGCUGGCGGUGCGUCGUCCGCAGACGGCAGCUGAGGACGCGCAUUUGAGUGAGAUGAAAGAGUACCGGCCGGUGCUGCCGAGUCGGACACAGUGGCCGACCUGCAGUGAAAUGACUGUUUUCCUGCGGCUGCUUCGCGUGCACAACUGGAACGUGCGACCGAUCCGGCUCGAUCCAUCCUGCAAGGCGCUGAAGGAGUUGCGCAAUCGCGACGGCCGCGCAGCUGCCCCCGAGACGAAGCAGGCAAUGUGCACGCCCCCCACCUCCUCCGCGGAAGGGGCAACAUCGGCGCAGCCGGAUGCAGCCGCACCGGUUCUCCCGUCCGCCACAGAGGACGAGCAUGGCGAGGCGGAGGUGCCGGAUGGCGGUGCGGAUGGGUGGCUCUACCUGGCCGACUCCGCCGAAGAGGCGGUGGCGCAGCGUCAGGCCUACUUUGCGAGCCGCUGGAAGCGCGCGCGUCGGUGGGAGUUUGCUGACGCGGACACCGAGGCCGGCGGCGAGGACGACGUGGAUGACGACGCCCCGGUUGCCGCACGUUGUCAGCGGCAGAGACGCGGUUGA